AUGCUCAUUAAAGAAGAUAUACGACAGAAGGCAGCUAAACUGUACGAGGACUUUCAGCAGACAUGGAAAUCCUCACGAACAACGGAAUAUUUCAAACAGCUUGAGAUUCGUUAUCAGACAAAACGGAAAUUGGAAGUGAUUGAAAGUCAAAAGAUUAUUGAGCUCGCCGAAAUCGACCGAAUGAAGGUUUCUCAAUUACGGAACAAUACAGAAUCAGUAACAAAGCAUGUUUCUGAUAGCUUUGUGGAAUUUACUCAAGAAAAUACAAGAAACCAUAAACGCACAUUAGAAGAUGAUGAAAGUAGCUUUAGUAAGAACACAUCUAAUCUUAUAGAGGUUCAUUCGAUACAUUUGACCAAUCUACAUAUUAAGAAAUGGGAAAAUCGAAAAUUCACAACAAAAGGAUUUUACAGUAAAAAAAAUAUACAGAAAAUCAAUAAUCUUUCUUUUGAUGACAGGAUGAUGAAAACGCGGGUUAUGCCAUGA